UCUUCCUUAAAUAUUCUCACUGCGUGGUGAUCAUUCAGCAGUACGCUUGUAGUAGUAAAAUAAGUUUGACUUCUGCUUGAUUUAGCUUGUCUUUAUAUAUAAAUAAAUCGGAAACAUGUUUCUUUUACUUCAUCUAUCAAUUCUAGCGAUAAAUAUUUUUGUGAUAAAUUGUGAUGAAAUCUGUGACUGCCAAGAGAUUGACGUCCUCAAGGGAAUUGUCCAGCAAGUUCUGUUAGAACAAAAGCUGGAAUCUGCAAAACUUCGUAAAUUAGAAGCAAGACAGAGAACUUUAUCUGCAUCACCGGGAACAGCUAAUACGCUUUUUGUGGACCGUCUUGCAAAAAUUGAAACAAAUAUUGUAAAUAUAGACAAGAAACUUAAUGCCUUAGUCAGAGAAACACAAGAAGACAAAGGAAAAAAUAUGGACAUUAUCUUGAAGAACACGAUAGCGGCUGAAAAGCUAGAAAGAAUGCAAUUUAUUUCAAGUAUGGAAAGCCAAAUGGAUGAUAUGAAAGAGACAUUCGAGAACUUCAAAGCUGAAACAACUAUAAGAAUUGGUAACAGCAUUGAAAAUAUCAGUACAGCUGAAGAAAUUUUCGAGCAGGGCAUAAAUAAAAAGUUAACGGAAAUUAAAGGACAGACAGAGGACCUAGUCAGCAAUGUGCAUAUAAAUGUAUCUACAUUUCAAGAUGACAUUAAGCUAGAAAUAAGUAAAAACAUAAGAGACAUAACAAAUCACCUGAAUCAGCGUUUAAGCAAUACAGACAGGAAGAUAACAACUCUUGAUGACAUCGUCGUGAAAGAGAGAAUAAAUGGUGGCUGGACACACUGGGGUGAUUGGAGUACUUGCAGCGUUUCUUGUGGAAGUGGUAUUACACAAAGAUCAAGGACAUGUUCUAGUCCCUCACCUUCCGUUCUUGGUAGACAAUGUGAGGGUAACACUAGGCAGACUGGGAGUUGUGUUUUAAAGCGCUGUCCAGGUCACAGAGUAGCAUUUAUGGCAUACGGAAUUGCUGGGGAGGCCACUGGAUUGGUUAGAUUUCCUACCGUAAUAGAAAACACUGGUAAUGACUACAGCAGUACAACCGGGAAAUUUACGUGCAGUAUUCCCGGGAUUUAUCAUUUUGUGGUCACGUUGUCUAUUAGGAAUGAUCCACCUUACGACAAUUUUAAUUGCCAAAUGUUUGAAAACUCGCAACAAGUAAUGGAACUGUAUGUGAGAAAACAUGACCACGAUUCAAUUAAUUCCUACCCAGCGACUGCAGCAGCAGUACUGCAUCUUAGCAAAGGUGAUACUGUAUAUGUUGACAACUGUGAGGAAUAUGACAGAAUCUACAAUGACCGUUCUACUAUUUUCACGGGGUUCUUAGUUUCUGCAGAUGAUUAGAGCCAAGGAAACAAAGUGCAUGCAAUAUGGCUACGACAUAGCAAAACUUUGAUAUAAUUCUGUAAUAGCUAAACCUCAGACGCGAAAUAAUUGAAGUUUUCUUUUAACUAAAGUUUAAAUACUUACAGUGUAUUUACACAAACAAGAAAAACACAUGUUUAUAUGUAUGUGUCAUCAAGUUCCAUGAGAUUUAUUGUAGUCUGAUUUUGUAUUUUAUCUAGUGUUAUAUAUUACAACUUAUAGUUUCAGUGUCUCAAUUAGUUUAAAUAAAUUACUUCUAAUACUAUAUUAUGUAACGUUAUUGCACUAACAUGGUGAUGGUACAUAUUCAAGCUAUGGUUUUUACAGAAUGUUGUUUACAAGACGAUUAACACUUACAGGAAUCAUGUUCUUCAGUAACAUUUGAAUUUGUCAGCUUCGCAUAGAAUCUGUUAUAUUCUACAUGCGGGUAGUUUAUAUGCGUCUGUUCAGUUCUGGUAAAUUAUACAUAAUAUAUGAUAUCUGAUACUGAUAACUAUUUUCAUCACGUUUCAUGUAGUACACUGUGUUUGAAAACCUUACUAUGGCUACCGGAGUGUUUAUUUUUCCUAAAUAGAAACUACCAAAAUCAAAUUCCAACCUUUUUGUAUUAUCGCACCUUUGCAAAGUUACCGAAUAUUUCUUAAUGUAUACAGUAGUAGCAUUAUAUAUAUCUUGAUGUAAUGAUAGUUUGCUGUUGUAUAUAUAUUUACAUAUGUAUCUGUAUAUAAUUGUCUUUAUGUCAUUGACCAUAAUGUUUUGUGUGAUAAUUACCAUAAAAUAUGAUUUAACUAAACUAAACCAAAAUCAAAGGAAAACAAUCCAUCAAGAAUGUUCAAAGAACACAUCCCAUUAAAACCAAAACUUGACAGCAAUAUGUGUGAUGGAUGUGUACGUUCCGAAUACCUACAGUGAAUAAAUGCAUAAUAAACACAACUGGGUCUCCGCCGUGAAAAGGGGACUUUUUAUUCAUAUUCCCAACAAAAUGUCAGAGUUACAGGUUGGUAUAAAUGUCCUGUAACAGGUCUUGUGCGGAUGUUACCAAAUUUUCAAUGCAUUUCAGAUAUACACACACGAAAUCUUAGAUCACAAACAGAAUUAUUCUAUAUUCCUAAUCUUGAAAUGUACAGGAAAUCUAAAUCUGGAACUCCUUACCUGACACUGUUAAAUAUGCUCCUACCCUUAGCGAAUUUAAAAAGAUGUACAAAAUGUAUCUUAAAACAAGAUAUUAUUCAUCCUAUUCUGUAUUUAUUCUGUAAAUCAUUUUAUUCUUACUUGCGUUAAGUGUUAUAUUUUUUGUUUUACAGACAACAUAGUUUUUGUACAUUUUAUUUUAGAAUUACACUUAGUUUGUUAAUCACUGCUUUCAAUGUUUGAUAUCUGUGUCAAUUUUUUCUUUUAUUCAUCAGUGAAUAAACUUAAACUUCUAUUAGCAAAUCUGUGUCUGUACAUAAAUAUUUAAAAGAAGUUAAAAAUUUGAAAGCACAAGAUGUACACAUGAUUAUAUAUUUUGGACAUUAAUGCUUUUUUCACAUGAUGUUUUAAUACAGAUGGUUAACUUUUUUCAUGUUUUGUAAAUACUAUCAUGUAAAUGUGUCUAGAAUGGAGGUCCACAUGGAAGACUGGUCCAAGACCAACUGUGCUUCCUCCUUAAAUAAAGUCUUUAGUAUUAUUUUUUAAAUUAAUUUAUUUGGUCAGUACAACACCAUUUAAAGGGGUGUUCACUAAAAAUUUACUGGCUGAAUAGGGGACAGUGCAGACUAUGAUCAACCUGAAUGGACGUGUACGCUGAUCUUGGUCUGCACUGGGCGCUAAGGCAAAAUCACUCACUUGCUGUCAGCAAGCUAAAGGUCAAACA